AUGGCUCUUUCACUAGCGACCAUUCACACUACCUCAGACUUGUUAAACCAGACACUAAAACGCUUGGCUAACGACUCUGAUCUGGUUAGCGAGUUACGAAAAGAGGUUGUGCAAGUCCUUAGCACCGACGACCUAAAAAAGAUAGCGCUCGCGAACCUAAAGCUUAUGGACAGUACGAUAAAGCAGACACAAAUGAUGAAUCCGAUAGCCAUGAGAAGAAUAACAAAGGAGAAGGUUGUUCUACCAACUAGACUUAUCUUCCCAAAUGGUCAAUAUAUCUCCAUAGAUGGUAACAACAUGUUUGACGCUGACAUUUAUCUAGACCCAUACAAAUUUGACGUGUAUCAAUACUACCACGUGCAAGAAGAUUCUAAAACAGCUAUAAAGGCUCAUCUAAUUUCUACUUGCUCCGAAAAUCUGUCCCUUGGCCAUGGUAUCCACUCAUGCCCGGGUUGUUUCUUUGUUGCCAAUAAGAUGAAGAUUGCUCUGUCAUCUCUUGCUCAACCAUACAAUAUGUUUGGGGAUACUGUGAUCUUUGACCCUUCAAACAAGCUUCGCUACAGGCGCCGUCAGGAAGAGCUGGACCUAGACUCUCUGCACUUUGAUUAGGAGGUACGCACUCUGGAUUGGCUGUAGGGAUGGAAUCUUCUAGAUUUGGCGUUUGUUUCAUUUGUCAGUAUGUUCACAUUGCGGUAUGAUCCUGUUUCAAAUUGUAAGGUUUUAGAGCAGUCGUUUCAAUAGCGGCAAGGCAUAACAGUGUAAUCAUCUUCGGGUUUAAAUUGAGUAACCAGGAAACUGGGACGCCAUGAGCUGAUG